GAGGGGAGGAGAGAGGAGGAGGAGGCAGUGCGGCAGCCGCGAGUGCCAGAGCAGCGCUCGGUUACUCUCCCGUACUCACUGCGGGGAGGAGGGGGAGGGUGGGCGCUGUGUACCUUUUCCUCCCGUGCCUUUCCUCACUUUAGCGAGCCAGGGCCAAUCGCCGGCAAAAAGGAACAAAGGGAAGGGGGGAGGGAAGCCCACCCCGGCAGCGGCUGUACUAGAAUCCCCCCUACCCCGGGAUACAGAGCGUUGCGGCUCACGCUGACAGCAGCGCGGCACUGGACUAGGUGCCUGGCUCUACGGCGGUGUUUCUACUUCGUCGUCGCCUCCCUUCUCCUCCUCGUCGAGUUUCAAGGGGGAGCAGCGUCUCCGGCAAAGGGAGAGAAACUUGGGUCUGUGUGCGGGGUGUCCGGCGGCAGUGGCGCCUCGGUGCUGGCGAUCAAGAUGAAAAGUAAAAAAGGUGUAGUUGCAAUAUCAGGCAGUGAAACAGAGGAUGACGACACUAUGGAUGUCCCACUGGAUCUUUCCUCAUCUGCUGGCUCAGGCAAACGGAGGAGACGUGGCAACCUUCCCAAGGAAUCCGUGCAGAUUCUUCGGGACUGGCUAUAUGAGCACCGAUACAAUGCUUAUCCUUCAGAGCAAGAAAAAGCGCUGUUAUCCCGACAGACACACCUUUCCACACUACAGGUCUGCAACUGGUUUAUCAAUGCACGCCGCAGGCUUUUACCUGACAUGCUGAGGAAGGAUGGCAAAGACCCGAAUCAAUUCACUAUCUCACGGCGAGGGACCAAGCUUCCUGAGAGCAGCCUGGUGGAGUCUUCCAUCAGCACAAAGAACUACAUUCCCUUGCUGGAGGAGACUGCCUUCCUUCCCACAGCUGCACCACUCGGCAAGACUGUGCCCUCUUCCAAGCCGGCUUCCCCGGGAUCUGUCCUGGCUCGGCCAUCAGUGAUUUGCCACACGACUGUGACUGCAUUGAAGGACGCCCCUUUCCACUUUUGCCAGCCAGCUGAUGUAGGCCUGACCACGGACCUGCAGCAGCCCCCAGCCAACAGCUUCACAGAUAACUCCCUGCCCUACCAUGAGGAUGCAUCUAAACUGGGACCUGGUGCAAAUACACAGAGCGGGCUCUUCAACACUCCUCCUCCAACCCCACCAGACCUUAACCAGGAUUUUAGUGGUUUUCAGCUACUGGUGGAUGUUGCACUCAAAAGGGCGGCAGAGAUGGAGUUGCAGGCAAAACUUAUGGCCUAAGUCCCUUUCCUUCUCCUUCCCCGUUUGUUUUUCCAGGCAGGGAUCUAACAGCUUGUGUGGUUAUUGCCACCCACACGAUAUCAAGAGACUUCACUGCAUUAUUAUUAUUUUUUUUUUAUUAAUCUUAUUUGCACAAGGGAUUGCUGAAAUGAAGCUUCCUGUCACUGAGAUGGUCUUCAGUGGAAUAUGGUCAUUCCAAGAAUUAUGAACUUAAAGCUACUGUAGAAAGAAAGGAUUGUGUGUUGGUUGGUUUUUUUUUUUAUGUUUUCUUUGUAGGUUUUUCAUAAUGUGAGAUGGUUCCCAAGAUCAUGUGAUUUGUUUUUGUUUCUUUCAGACUGUGCAAUAUCUAGUAAUGAUAUAGAGUCUUCUUAUCAUUCCCAAGCGGAACAGAAUAUACCGACACGCUGUCUAAAAUAAAUUUUCAAUUUUUUUAACAAUAUGAACUUUGGAUGAUUAUGCUUUUUUCCCAUAAUGUAAUAAAAUAUUUUCUU